UAUGCAAGUAUUAGAUAUCGCCCCCAGCGCGGUCUCUCUAUUUCUCAUAUGUAUACAAAUUGGCGUUGUGUAGUGUGAAAAAACAAAAUUUUUGCAAAAAUAAGUUCCUAAUCAACUUGACGGGCACAAACGAGCUUAACCCCACCCUAAUAACAUAUCCACCGUAGUCACAUAGUGAAACCAGCACAAAGGUCGUUUCGAGAUUUCUCGACUGUGAGUCACUCUGGCUAAAUUUCCCCCAACCCGCAAACACAAUAAGACAAACGUCUUGCCCCGCAACCACUUGCUAAGCGUUUAAGUCAUCAAAUCACCCAGCCCGGAAAUGGCCGCCGUGGAGAAUGCCGAGCCCCGCACAGAACUGCAGGAGCUGCAGUUCAAGUCCGGCCAAGUGGCCGAUGAAUCUCUGGAGAGUACUCGUCGGAUGCUCAGUUUGAUGGACGAGAGCAAGGAGGCGGGCAUUCGCACCCUCGUCGCAUUGGACGAUCAGGGCGAGCAACUAGACCGUAUCGAGGAGGGCAUGGACAGGAUCAACGCGGACAUGCGAGAGGCGGAAAAGAACCUUAGCGGCAUGGAGAAGUGCUGCGGUAUCUGCGUUCUGCCCUGGAAGAAGGUGAACAUUAAGGAUGACGGCGAGAGUGCCUGGAAGGCCAACGACGAUGGCAAGAUCGUGGCCAGCCAGCCGCAGCGGGUCAUCGACGAACGGGAGCGCGGCGGAAUGGGUGCUCCACCACAAUCCGGAUAUGUGGCAAGGAUCACAAACGAUGCACGAGAGGACGAAAUGGACGAAAACCUCGGGCAGGUGAAUUCCAUGCUGGGCAACCUGCGCAACAUGGCCCUCGACAUGGGCUCAGAGCUGGAGAACCAGAACAAACAGGUUGACCGCAUCAAUGCGAAGGGCGAUGCCAACAACAUUCGCAUGGACGGUGUCAACAAGCGCGCCAACAAUCUGCUCAAGAGUUAAAUAUGCACAAAGGACACGUCCCGAAUCGAUAGCGUAACACGAUAGCCAGUCACCUCCACUUCUAUCUUGUUAGGGUAACGAACCAAUGUUGUGGGCACAAACCGUAGCAGGUGGUACUACGUUAUUUAUACCAUAUAUUAUAUACAUAUACAAGUAGCCACCGGUAACUUAACUACUCCUGGCAAGCGCAAGCGUAACAGACCCAUCUACUUACAAGCACUACAAGCCGGAAGAACUAACUAUUCUCUACAAUACUAACUACUUACUAUAACUACACUUGUGUACAAAUGGCAACCACAAUCGGUUGCCGGAAACAAUUUUAUUAUGAGAUUUACCGAACGAUGUAUGUACUUUUUUUUGGUACAAACUUUUUGAGCAUUUUACUGAACUUUGUGAAAUCAAACCAAGCAACUGCUGAGAUGGAUAUAUUGAUGUAUUUACAAUUCGUAGAACCACCGCAACCC